UUUUGGCAUUUAUAUAAUUGUUGUUGUUGGGUGAAGACGUGGGGAAACGUUAGGCAAGUGGCCGCCUAAGUGACUGCGCUUCUUUUCAAUCCUUUUCACUGAGCUUGGACUAUUGAAUCCUUAAUAUAUUCCGAAUUUUUUAACGUGAGAAAACAUGGAAAAAUAUCGACGAGUAGAGCGUGCCAAAAGUCCAGGUCAAACACCUCCUAAUCAAGUACGAAUAACAGCGGCGGGUAAAGUACCAGCUUAUGUGGAUUAUGCAUUCAAGUUGCUUCAAGAGGAACAAACUACGGUAGAAAUCGUUGGGCUGGGUAACGCCAUCAAUAAAGCUAUCACUGUAGCAGAACUAUUGAAACGGAAAGUUCCCAAACUGGAGCAAGUGACAGAUUUAAGCUCCGUGACUAUCGAAGACCGCUGGGAACCUCUGGAGGAAGGCUUGGACCCUAUUGAAACUUCCCGUACAGUCUCCUGUCUUACUAUUCAGUUGGGAAGAGGAGGCUUGGAUCUGCAUUCUCCUGGUUAUCAAGCUCCAGAGGAAUAUUCAGGCAACCAUGUGGAUAGUUCCUUUUUCUCGGAAAGAAGAAGAGGUCGUGGUCGUGGUGGUUUUCGAGGUGGACGAGGUACAGAGUUUUAUCGUGGUCGUGGUGGUGGUCGUGGUGGUGGAGGUUAUCGAGGACCUCCCCCUAUGGAAGAUGAUUUGGAGUUUGUAGACCGAGAUAGGCGUGUACCUUUCCGUGGUCGUGGAAGAGGUUUUCGUGGAAGAGGUGGAAUAAGAGGUGGCCGUGGAAGUGGAGGAUUUAGAGGUGAAAAUGAACGCGGUCGAGGCAGUUAUGGAAGAGGUGGACGAGGAGGACCAAGUAGAGGCAGAGCUCGUGGUGGUGGAGAAUUUGGCUAUGCUUAUUGAUAUGGCAGUCAUUUCUUUGCAUAUUCGUAGGACUACGAAACUUUCGUAGGCUUGAUGAACGUUAGAUAGCCGAAGAAUAUACCUAUGUUUGUGUUUGUCUCUUUUGUGUGUGUGUGUUUGUCCUUUUGUUUAGAAGAGUGCUUUGCCUGGAAUUCUGCCUUUGAAUGGAUUGGUCACGCCGAUAAAACUUUUUUGGGACAUAUUCAAAGACAAAU